GCCUUCUACCCCGGCCAGGAGCUCGACCUGUCCACCAAGGUGUACAAGAGGGAGUCAGGGAGCCCCUUCUCGGUGCUGGUGGACAGCAAGGGCGGCAAGGGCCACCUCCACGAGAGGGAGGAGCAGCCGUUUUUCAGGGAGAGCAGAGCGGUAGGAGAGGUGCGGGCUGUGAAAGAAGACAGGGAAAACUCUGACGACUCUGAGGAGGAGGAGGAAGAGGAGGAAGAUGAAGUGACUUACAAAAGGGAGCAGAUUAUAGUGGAGGUAAACCUUAACAACCAAACCUUAAAUGUGUCCAAAGGGGAGAAGGGUGUCCCCUCCCAGUCCAAAGAGACUGCUGUCCUUAAGAGCAGCAGUGAGGAAGAGGAGGGGGACAGCGGGGAAGAGGAGGCCACGGAAGACAGCAACGAUUACGAGGAGAACGAGAGGCAGAAGAAGAAGGAGAAGAGAGCGGAGAAGGGCGGCGUUGGCCAGAGGAGGAGCAGGAGAGCGGCCGCGGCCGCCGCCGCCUGCCCGGCGCCCCGAGCCACGCGCGGCCGCAGCAAGGGCGCCGAGCCCCCCAAGCGCAAGAAGAAAGCAGCCAAGGAGCCCAAGGCGCCCGUGCAGAAGCCCAAGUGCGAGGAGAAGGAGACUCUGACGUGCGAGAAGUGCCCCAGGGUGUUUAACACGCGCUGGUACCUGGAGAAGCACAUGAACGUCACGCACAGGCGCAUGCAGAUCUGCGACAAGUGCGGCAAGAAAUUUGUGCUGGAGAGCGAGCUGUCCCUCCACCAGCAAACUGACUGUGAAAAAAACAUCCAGGUAGGUCUGCUGGCCCGCUGGCCAGGUCCCCACACCUCCUGGCGUGCCCUGGAUCCGCCUGGUGGACGCUUCACAGGGGGAAAAAAAAAAAAUCUCCUUUUGCACGGCCGCAUGUGCUGAGCCGGGCCCGGGCUGUGCCUUAUCUAUCCCGCGUUU